AUGUCGAGUAUAUAUAAGCUCUCAAUCUGUGGUGUGCGUUCGUUCGAUCCAGAGAGAUCAGAGACCAUCCAGUUUGGCUUUCCAUUGACUCUUAUUUGUGGGCAGAAUGGGUGCGGGAAGACCACCAUCAUUGAAUGUCUUAAGUACGCAACCACCGGUGAUUUACCUCCUAAUUCAAAAGGUGGAGCAUUUGUUCAUGAUCCCAAAUUGGUAUACAAGUCCGAAGUAAGGGCCCAAGUGAAAUUGGCAUUUUCAAAUGCUAACGGUAAGUCCAUGAUUUGUACAAGAUCGAUGCAACUUUCUAAAAAGAGGGGGAGUAGCAAGGGCGACAAUUCCACAUUUAAGACGCUAGAGGGUCAAUUGGCGAUUAUGAAUAAAGGAGAGCGGUCUACUAUUAGUACAAAGAAUGCAGAGUUAGACGGGCAAAUACCCUUGUACUUGGGAGCGUCUAAGGCAAUCUUGGACUACGUUAUAUUCUGUCAUCAAGAUGAUAGCUUGUGGCCCUUGAGUGAAGCUUCCAUUCUUAAGAAGAGAUUUGACGAUAUAUUCGAAGCUCUGAAGUUUACUAAGGUUUUGGAUAACUUGAAGGUGAUAAGAAAGGAUAUGACUGUGGAUAUAAAGUUGAUAGAACAAAGUGUAGAACACUUCAAGAUCGAUAAAGAAAGAGCCAACAAGAUCAAGGUCAAGCUACAGCAUAUGAGCGAUUCUAUUAAUGAUUAUACAGUAGAAAUUACUCAAUUGACAUCGAAAAUAGAUGAGUACGAGUCUAGAGCUGAUAAAUUGUUUAGAUCAAACCAGCAGUUCCAAGAAGUUUUGGCAAAGUUGGAGAAUCUAAAGAUGCAGCAGAGAUCUACUAAGGAUCAGAUUUCAAGAUUAAAUGUGUCCAUUGAAAUCCUUCCAGAUACUAGCGAUGAAUUACUCGAGCAAUUAAACAAUUUUGAGUCCAUACUUGAAUCAAAAAGAAAUGAAAUUUUAGAAUUGAAUCUGCAACUUGAAGCGGCACAAGAAAACUUAACUGCUGCUAGGUCAGAUCACAAUAAAGAAAUAAGAGUGGAGGCAACCUUGAAAGCCAAAGAGGAGAAUUAUCAUAAGAAUCUCAAAGAACGCAAAAGGUUAAUGCAAGAAAGCAAAGAUAAAGUUUCUUUCGACUUUGAAGAUGAAACCACGUUCGGAUCCAAAUUAAAAACAAGCAUAGACAAAGACUCCACCAGCCUUGACAAAUUGCAAAGCAAAAACCGUAAACUAGAAAAUUUGCUUGUUGAUGAAAUCAAAGAGAUCAAUAACUCAAAUAUCACGUUUGAGCAACAGAUCAAACAUCUUCAAACUGGAAUUAAAGAAGCCGAAGUACAGAUUGAGAACAAUAACUCUAAAAUAGGGCAAUUGCAGUAUGAUGAAGGAAAUUUGGUAGUGGCCAAGUCUGAAUUACAGAAUCUUACUGAUAAGUUUAAUCACUUGAAGAAGCAAAAUGAGCUUCAGCAAUUUCAAAACAAGAUAAAUGAAGGUGAUGCUAAUGUAAGCAAGCUUGAGAUGGAAAUUGAAGAGAUAAACAAGAAGAUAAAUAUUGCAAACAAACAAUCUGAAUUACAUGCCAAGUUGUCAUUGCUUAGAGAAAAUAAAGCGAAUAGACAGAAGUCGCUCAAGCUGUUGAUUGACUUCAACAAGUUUACGUUUUUAAAAGAAAUUGGCAAAGAUUUGAAAGGAGAUGGAGAUGAGCAAAUUGUUAGAGAGAGAAUGGACAUAUUAGAAAAUGAGAUUAAGAUCCUUACAACUACAAUAGAUCUUGCCAAAAAUGAAUAUACUGUCAAAGAUGCAGAACUCAAAUCCAACGAGAAAAAAUACACCGACUUGCAAAAACUUGCUGAUAAUUAUAAAGGUAAGAUAUUCGACGUCAUAGACGAGGACCAACUUGAAUCCUAUGAAAGCUUAGUGAGUGAUUUGGAAAGUGAUUAUAGAGAUUCCUUGGAUGCCUUGAAUACCAUUGAAGUGACCAAGCAAUUUAAUUUAAAGGCCAUUGAUAUAGCAGAGAAAGAAAAAUUAUGUUCUUUAUGCUAUAGACCUUUCACGUCUCCCGAGUUUACCAAUUUUGUGAAGCUACUAUCUGAAAGAGUAGAAAAGAUGCUGAUUGAAUCUUUAUCUCAGGAUUGCGAACAAAGCAAGAAGGAUUUAGAAUCAGCAAAAUCAAUCAAUUCUGAAGUCUUGCAAUACAGAAAAUGCAUUCAAGAGAUUCACAAGAUGAAAGAGAUCAUUACAAAUUCCGAACCACAAGCAUUGGUUCUUAAAGAAGGAUAUGAAAGGAAUUUAUCAAACUUCAAUGAGCUUAAAUCAAAAUUGUCAAAACUCUCCACUUUACAAAGACCCAUGAAUGACCUCCAAAGAUUACACAACGAGAUUACUUCAUUCGAUAAACAGAUCGAAGAAUACGAAGAAUCAGUGGGAGAAGGAACACAAUCUGAAGAUAAUUACUCCCUGAUGUCUAUUUCUGUAUUACAAGAUAUUCAGCAGCAAAAGAAUCAAGAAAUAAAGAAUAUUCGAAACAAGAACAAUGAAUAUAUGGAAGCUAAAUAUUCCAAACAAAAGGAAAUAUCAAGAUUAGAAAAUAACGUAAAAGAUAAGCAACUUGCAAUUAGUAACUUGGAAAAAUCGUUGUUGGAUAAAACUAAUCUUCAAACAUCUACUGAAAACCUCAAAUUGAAACUUGAUAAUUUGAACAACGAACUACAAAAUGUCGAAUUUGAGUUAAUAGAGUUACAAGAAAGAGCUACUAAUAAGAAUGCAGAAUUAGAAGAAUUACAAAGAGUGAAUAAAAUUGGUGAAGCAGACCUCACCAAUAAGCUAGAAAGCUUGAACGCGAUCCAUACUGCGUUCUCUAAUUAUGACGAUUCCAUUAAUAAGUACUUAGAAACUGAUGCAGGUAUUCUUGAAAAGACUACUGAAAAUGUGAAAGUAUUGGAAACUUCAAUGUCAACUCUAGAUGAAGAGAUUCAAAGGUUGCAAUCUCAAAUAAAGAAAGCAGAUAAAUCAGUAAGUGAGUCUGCCAAUGUUCAAACUAACAUACGGUCUAAUCUUGAUUUGAGAAAUUUGCAACAGGAAUCUGGAGAAAUCGAAGACAGUAUUCUGGAGCUAGAUAUUGCUAAUGCAGAGGGUAGGAGAGAUGAGUACCAGGAAGAAACAAGGAAAAUACGAAAUCUCAUAGCUGACACCAAUGCUAAGCAUGCAGGUAAAAUUGGAGAGGUAAGACAGAUGGAAGGUCAAAUUAAGUCUUUAAAGCAAGAAUUAGAAACAGAAUACAAAGAUGUUGAUAAACAUUAUCACGAAGAAUGGAUCAAAUUACAAACAAAUAUGCUUGUUUCCAAUGACCUUCAAACAUAUUCUAAAGCAUUGGACAAUGCAAUCAUGAAAUUUCAUAGUAUUAAGAUGGAAUAUAUCAAUAGAAUUGUCGACGAGUUAUGGAAACAGACAUAUAAAGGGUCAGAUGUUGAUACGAUUGCGAUCAAAAGUGAUGUUAAUUUACAGGCAAAGGGAAAUAGAUCAUACAAUUAUAGGGUGGUUAUGUACAAACUGGGAGCAGAGUUAGAUAUGAGAGGUAGAUGUUCGGCAGGGCAGAAAGUUUUGGCAAGUAUCAUUAUCAGACUAGCCUUAGCUGAAUGUUUUGGAAUAAAUUGUGGUAUGAUUGCAUUAGAUGAACCAACAACAAACUUAGAUAUUGAUAACAUUGAGUCCCUAGCUGAGGCUCUCAACAGUAUUAUAGAUGUCAGAAAGAAACAGAAGAAUUUUCAGUUAAUUAUUAUUACUCACGAUGAAAAGUUUUUGAGCCAUAUCAAUGGAGACAAAUUCACAGAUCAUUUCUAUAGGGUGCAAAGAGACGAUUUACAAAGGUCAACUAUUAGGAGCUUGCCUAUCAGUUUGAUCCAGGAAGAAUGA